AUGGGUUUACAGAUUUCAAAGGAAACAGAAGACGAAGAAGAAGAAUCCUGUGCGUGCGCCUAUGCGGUUGUUUCAAACAUGGAGGAGAAGGAGAGACGGGCGGACAAACCUAGCUGCAAGGGAGCUGAAAGCAGGGAAGCGGCACCGGUCACAAGUGCCGGUACAACGUCUGCAUCGGAGCAUGAGUCCGACCCAAACUGGGAAGCGAAACUAGACGUAUGCUCUGAAAGCUUUGACCCGCUGCUGGCGUUGUAUUCCCCGACGGUGCAUCUCCCUCACCCGAAUAUCAAGUGCUUCAAUAAUGUUGCCCAGUACGAGAGUUUUCUGAAAGGUGGACGAGGCAGAGCCAAACCGGAGAAUGUGGAAAAAAGGCAGCGGGAAGCGUUGAAAGGGGUGGUUGACCCGAAGCGCAUCGAAAGGCUGAAGAAACUUAUGGUGCGGAAUGUGUCCCAAGAGGCAGAGGAAGGGGAGCCCAGUGGCGUGUCGCGACGCAGGAAGCAGAAGACUCACAAAAAUGUCCUAACCAGGAUGCCUUUGUGCAAAGGAAGUCCUUUGGGUGAGCUGCAUCGCUGCGUAGAGGAGAGGAUACGUGUUAAAGUUCACAUCAGAACCUUUAAGGGACUCCGGGGAGUCUGUUCUGGCUUUGUUGUGGCCUUUGACAAGUUCUGGAACAUGGCAAUGGUGGAUGUAGAUGAGACAUACAGAGAGCCUCUCCUUGGAGAGGCAUAUUACCAUGAGAAAGCCCUCACAGUUUCACAGCUGUUUGAGAAGCUGAAACUCCAGGACAGCCCAGAGAGUGGUGAGCAAGCAAGAACGCACAAACCAAAGGGAAAAACCAGUGUCCCUCAGCUAACAACCACGACAAGCUUGUCUCCUCAUCCUCCCCCAGUUAGCAAGAAGAGAGACAAUAAGGACAAGAAUAGGGAUAGCAGAACAGAUCCCAGUCUAUCAAGAAAUGCUGCUGGAGUCCAAGAGGUUGAACACAGAGACUUUCUGAAAUCAUAUGGGUCAAAGUCAGGUCAGGAGGCACAGAAGAAAAGCUCCCAUCCCUAUGGCAAGGUCCAUAUACGCCAUAUCAACCAGCUGUUUAUACGGGGCGAGAAUGUUCUCCUUGUUAAUAUACAAUCUCUUUGAAUUUUCUUCAGCGUGAUGCCUAAUUUACUACUCUCUUGAAAUAAUAUCAAUUUCAACAAUCCUGAUGCUGCAUUCAAUUGAUCCAUGAUAAAUAAACAUUAUUAUGGUAUUCCGCAAUGGGACCAUAGAUUGGCUGUCAGAAACUACAACCCCAGCAGUUUCCAAAGAAUGAAUUGUGAAACUACAGUUAUAUCAUAUUGAUAUGAAGACUAUUAUCUGGUCACCAGAGAAAUUACAGCAAAAUUAAGAAGUGCAAACUUCUCAGUACCUCUUAAGAGUCAAGUUUAUUUUUAUAGCCCAAAUUCACAAGGUAGUCCCAAAGGGCUUUACAGUCAGUACAGUAUACAUAUAGCAGUUUUUUCUUGUUCUUGUUUCUUCACAUUUCGUGGCUUCCAUCUUAAGUCUGCAUCUUAUUUUUAAAGAGUAACUAAACCGAGACCACUUAAGUGAGCUGGUUGACAUCUACAGGUCAAAAACCACGUCAGGCUGGUCUUGGUACUCUGUGGUGUAAGCAUAGCAGGAAAAAAAAGCUGCAGCUAAUACAAUUGAUAAUUGGCCUGUUUGAUUUAGGUGUACCAGUACAUCUGUCAACACAGACAGACAGAGCCAGCACUAGACAGUACUGUCAGUGCUGGUUCUUUAGCACACCUACAUCCAAUUGCUGCACCCCAUUACUAAUUUCACUAGUUGCAGCUGUUUAUCCUGGUAUGCUUACGUCAUAGAGUACCAAGACCAGUCUGGCAUGUUUAUAACCUUUAGAUGGUUUUUAACCUGUUUAUGUCAGUAUAUUGACUAAAAUGGCCUAGGGUUUAGCGCUCAACUGCCGCAACUUGGACUUUGAUUGUGAUACAGAUAUUACCCAGCGGGUGGCAGUAUAAAUACAGUAGAUGCCAUCUGUGAGGCCAUUGUCAUGUUGAAGAGCUUGUCCCUUUAUGUUUCUUUUCCGUCUUAGUUUGAAUGGGAAUGACAGCGCAGUCUCAGCGGACUUCAUAAAUGCAUCAUGAAUAAUUGAGUUUGUGAAGCUAGAGAUUGCAGAUGGCACUCAGCAGCUGUCAUUUGUCAUGACGUCUCAGAUUGCUUUUACUCUUUAAUGGGGACAUUACACAUAAAAGCACAAUUUACUGCAUCUCAUGGAAGUUGUUAAGAUGCUGCAUUUUGAGAUGAUGACACAGUUCUGUAAUCUCCCCAUGACCGCACCAGUCUUUUUUCUUUCUUUCAGAGUUUGUUUGCCCUUUCCAUGUACCUAAUGCUCAAAAAAAAAAAGUGAAAAUUCUUUUAGUAGCUGAAAAAAAUCCCCAAGAUUUUCUUUCCCAAUGUUAUUUUCAUUAAAUAUGUUGGUGCUUAUCG